GCUCUUAAUGCAUUCUGUAGGUUUAUACUCUGACUUCAAAACGAUUCUUAGUCUUCUUGCUAACUAAUUGGUUAUAGGCUGAGACGUCCACAGUGCGUCACGACGCUCUCCAUCUCUCAGUCUUCUCACCCUUCUCCCUCUCUCGCGCGGUGUCAGUCAUCCGCGAUGCUGGAGAGAGAGCCGGGGUCCGCGCCAAACAUGUCGGGGAUCACCGCUAAUGACGCCUGUAAUGACUGUUUAACAGCAGCGCAGCAUCUGAACUCCACGGAAAUUCACUCCCAUUCUCACAUUGAUGAAGACGAUGAACUUCUCAAGUACAUCUGGAGGGAAUAUUUGCAUCCCAAACAGUAUGAAUGGGUGCUCAUAGCUGGAUAUAUCAUAGUUUUCCUUGUGUCUCUGGUCGGAAACACAUUGGUCUGUUUUGCAGUUUGGAAAAACCAUCACAUGCGCACGGUGACCAACUACUUCAUCGUGAACCUGUCCUUCGCAGACAUCAUGGUCACAAUCACAUGUCUUCCUGCAAGUCUUGUGGUGGACAUUACAGAAACCUGGUUCUUCGGACAGACCCUGUGCAAGAUACUACCUUACUUACAGACAAUCUCUGUGUCUGUAUCGGUUCUGACACUGAGCUGCAUUGCCCAAGAUCGCUGGUACGCUAUCUGCCACCCCCUGAAGUUCAAAAGUACUGCCAAAAGAGCCCGCAAGAGUAUCAUUCUGAUCUGGCUGGUUUCCUGCGUCAUCAUGAUUCCACAAGCCAUUGUCAUGGAAUGCAGCAGUUUGCUCCCAGAGCUCACCAACAAAACCAGCCUGUUCACCGUCUGUGAUGAGCAGUGGGCAGAUGAAAUCUACCCUAAAGUGUACCACACCUGCUUCUUUAUUGUCACUUAUUUUGCUCCAUUAUGUUUGAUGGUCCUGGCAUACAUUCAGAUCUGUCACAAACUCUGGUGUCAACAGAUUCCUGGAACAUCAUCUGUGCUUCAAAGGAAAUGGAAGUCGCUGCAGUGUUCCGCCCAUGCUGUAGGCUCGGGAGAAUCGGUGAAGGUGAGAACCAGCACCGUCUCAGCGGAGAUCAAACAGGUUAAAGCUCGACGGAAGACGGCACGCAUGCUGAUGGUAGUGCUGUUUGUGUUUGCACUCUGUUAUCUGCCCAUCAGUGUUCUCAACAUCAUGAAGAGAGUAUUUGGCGCUUUUAAGAACACAGACAACAGAGAGACUGUCUAUGCCUGGUUCACCUUCUCACACUGGCUUAUAUACGCCAACAGCGCCGCCAAUCCAAUAAUCUACAAUUUCCUCAGUGGUAAAUUUCGAGAGGAGUUCAAAGCAGCGUUCAUCUGUCAUUGCUCCGGUAGAGAUGAGACACACCAGGAGAGAGUCAGAGUGAGAACUAGCACAGAUAGCCGCAAAUCCCUGUCUACCCAAGUAAACAACUUUGACAACAUCUCCAGGAUAUCUGACCAGGCUGUGUAGCUCCAUCAUGAGAAGGGUUUGCUGGGUUAAUCCUGCAGGGAGCCACUUCACCAGUCACCACCGCCGACUAGAAGAACACAGUGCCGUAUGUUUUGACCUGGGAGAUUUACGGAUGGAAGGAUUGAAUAGACCUAUUAGCCCCUGUGAAUUACCCAGACUUUUUGAAAAUGACAUUGUGUCUAGCGUAAGAGCACAUGAACCUUCAGUUGAAUUGAGAUUUUUAGCCAAGGGGUUAUUUUUCUGCUCACCGCAACAUGUUCCCCACAAUCCCCAGAGAUGAUGUACAUGAAAAUAAUGGCAUGGCUCUGAAACACAUCGUUGAUGUUAGGCUGCAUUCUUCAACUCAAGAUUGAAAGCCAAUGAUGAUAGAAGGGAAGCACAAAAAUAAAUCAUUUUUAAAGGUGAUGUGUGUCAUUUUCCACACUGUAAAAAAUGCUUUUCUUACUUAGAUUGUUUUGUCUUGUUUCCAGCAAAAAAACAUUUAAAAACAUUCUUAAGACAAGUAAAAAUAGUCUUGUUUUCAGAAAAAAACAAGUCAAAAUUAAGUGAGUUUUUGCUUGAAACAAGCAAAAUAAUCUGCCAAUGGGGUAUGCAAAAUAAUCUUGUUUUCUGUUUGAAAUAAGAUUAUUUUGCUUACUGUUCUUUUAAUUUUGACUUGUUUUUUUAUGUAGAGAUAACUAUAAGUAAAUAAUCUGUGAGUUAUCUGAGAAGUGUAAAGACAGCAGCACCACUGAAACAUUGCUCUGUUUGUUUGAGCAGCCUAACCAGCUGAAUUCAGUGAUACUGGCUCACCAGUCAUGUGAAUUUUGGAUGGUGUGGUACUCUUUGUUUGACAGGCCAGCGGCAGAUGCAUUCAGGAAGCCUUUUUGAAAUCAAACAGUAUUUUUGGAAAUAACACACUUCAGAGAACAGGUCGCACUUUACACAAUGCAUGCAUCAACUGCUUCAAGC